ACAACAGUCUUGAAAGAAAAUGAACUACCCUUCAAGCCCUAACCCUAAUUUCAUAGAUUUCCCUGAAACUUUCACGUUCGAUGAUUAUGAUGAUGCUUUUCAGAUGAUCAUGGAACAAAUUAGCCUCGAGGACCACUCGCCCAACUUGAGUUGGACUUCAUCUGAGAAAUUAUUGGCUGCAGAAGUCACAAGCCCUCUUCAAACAAGCCUAGUUACGUCACCUAUGAGCCUUGAAAUAGGGGACAAAACUGAGAUUAAGAAGAGGAAGAGACACAAAGAUGAUCAGAUUAUUCACGUGUUUAAAACGAAAUCUCUUGAAGAAAAUAUUGCUUUAGACGACGGAUUUAAAUGGAGGAAAUACGGCAAGAAACCGAUAAGGGGCAGUCCAUUUCCGAGGCAUUAUCAUAAGUGUUCGAACCCCAAUUGCAUCGUGAAGAAGAAGAUCGAGAGAGAUACGAGCGAUCCUGAAUAUGUGUUGACAACCUACGAAGGGAGACAUAACCACCCAAGCCCUUCUGUGGUCUAUUGUGAUUCAGACGACUUUGAUCUUACCUCUCUCAACAUUUUGUCUUUUCAGACACGUACUUAUAAUUAUUCACAUUCAGCUCCAUGACCGUACUUAAAAUUUGUGCGUCCAGAUGUGUAUAUAGUGUAUAUCAUCAUCGUAAUCACGCAUCAUAUGUAUCCGCUUUUACCUUGUUGGGUCGGUUUUGUAAUGUACUGAAUUGGGGUGUGUGUGUGCUGGAAAUCAUCUUGUAUCUGCAGG